AUGGAUGAUGAAGAUGGACGUUGUCUGUUAGACGUAAUUUGUGACCCUCAAGCUCUGAAUGACUUUUUGCAUGGUUCAGACCAGCUCGAUGGCGAUGAUCUCCUUGAUACAACAGCCGAUCCUGCCAGCGCCUUCUUCACUGACGCAUCUCUUAAUGUACAGGAUACGACUGUUAAUCAUUUGAACAGCGGACAGACUCAGAAUUCCUCCAGCGCAGUGGACCUCGAUUUCCUGGAAGAUGAUAUCCUCGGACCAUCUCCUGGUUCCAACUUGCAGAAUUCUGACCAGCCGUGUGAUAUCUUGCAGCAGAGCUUGCAAGAGGCCAACAUCACCGAGCAGUCUUUAGAAGAGGAUGCUGACCUGGACAUUGCCUCGCUCCACUUCCCUUCCCUGCAGCCAGUAUCGCAGGCAGCUGACGCCUCCCAGCUUUUCUCGACCAGUGCUGAUUUGAUUGGUUUGCAGCAGCAGCCCACGGUCCUUGCCCAGCAGACGCUGAUCCAACAACAGACCAUCGGCGGCCAAGUUGUGAACAAGGCCAUCAACGUUCAGCCCUUUUUACAGCAAGUCGGACUGGGCAACGUGACCUUGCAGCCCGUCUCCAAUCUCCAGGGACUGCCGAACGGAAGCCCCUCCGGGACAUUGGGCAUCGGGCAAAUCCAAGUGCUCGGGCAGUUGUCGAACCAGUCGGUCAUGACCAUCAACCAGCCAGCUCAACAGAUCAUCACGAAGGCAGGGCAGCCCACACAGGUGACCACUGUGCCAGUCGGGAGCUACAUAUCUUCGCCCACUUCAGACCAGCAACAAGUGGCCUUGAACUCUGCUGGGGUCUCGCCGCCCAACGCUGGGCUCGUGCUCCACAAGAGCGCUCCUCCUGGAGCGCUGAACGGAAAUUCUCUCUUUGCCGGUACAUCCAUCGCUCAGGCAAGCCAGGCGUUGACGGUCAGGCCCACUGUGAGCAAUCCCAUGAUGCAGGCUCCGCUCUCGGCCCAAAACGUCAUCAUCCAGAGGACCCCGACUCCGAUCCAGCCAAAGCCAACGGGAGGAGUCAUCCAGCACAAACUCUUUCAGAUCAGCUCGAAGCCGUUUGCUCCCACCAACACUGCACUGACCAUCCAGAACGAAACUUCACUGCAGCAGCAACAGCAGCAGCAGCAGCAACAACAGCAAAAGGCCCAACAAAACGUGACUUUCAUGGCAGGGAAACCUGUGCAGAAUGUGGUAUUCUCUGCCUCUGGGACUGGGUUCCCCCAGACUAUCUCCUCCAGUGUGUUCAAGCAGCAUCAGGCCCAGCAGCAAGCCUUGGGCAAAUCCCUGAGCCUGCACCUGCAGGGAGGCAGCAUUGUCAUCCAGCCUCAACACAUGCAGCAGGCUAUGCUUCAGAACCAGAACCAAUUCCUCCUGCAAGGUCAGCUGUCGGGUGCCUCGGCUGUCCCUCUUUCCCAACAGCUGUCCGCCUUGCAGGCAAAUGUGAGUGGGCAGAUACUGACUGCCCAGUCUCCAAGUGGCCAAGCACCGGCGACCCACAUCAUUGCCAGCCAGGGUCCAGCCGGCCAGCUGAUCGCCAACCAGACCUUGCCAGCUCAGAUCUUGACCAACCAGAACCUUGCUGGCCAGCUGAACUUGAGCCAGGUAAUAGCAGCCCAGAAUGCUCACGGAGCGACCCACAUCUUGUCUGCCCCCAUCCAGCUGCAGCCUGGCCCUGUGGGUCAAUCCGCAGUCUUCCAGAUGCCGGUCUCUUUGGCAAACAGCUUGAACCCACAGACGUCAGCGUCCGUCCAGGCAACCCUGGCCGGAGGUGCCAUCAACCAGCAGAGCCAGUCGGCCGUCAUCCAGGGGGUGACGCUGCCCAACCAGGUCACCAUGCUGAACAGCGGAGAGAGCCUCGGGCAGGCGGUGAGCCUCCAGCAGCCGGCUAGCAGCGCCCCGAGUUCCAGUGUCAUCCAGCAGCAGGCGGGGCCCGGCCCUGGGCUGAUGGCUCUCGGGAAUGGGCAGCCCUCCUUGCUGACCGUUCAGACUGCCAUUGCGUCUCCGGCUCAGCCUUCGCCGCAGCCACAGCCGCCGCCACCGCCACCUGGCCAGACGCAAUUAGCCUUGGCCCCUCAGUCCAGCAGCAGCAGCAUGGUGCAAACACCGGGGAAAAUUAUCAUCAGCCAGCAAGGAUCUGCAGGAGUUAUCAGCCAAGAUGCAGCUGACAUGUUCUUCCAGCAGCAGGAACAGAAACAGCAGCAGCUUUACCAGGCGGCCCUGAAACUCCAGCAGGAAAAAGGCCUGAACCAGCCGUCCCCUCUCAGCUUAGCACCGACUGCCACCACGAGCAGCGUCCCUGCCUCGGUUAUCGUCAGCAGUAGCGUGGGGCUGGUACCGGCCACACCCGCAGGACACGCGGACUCCAAAGGACAAACAGUGCUGCCCGCCCUGCCGAGCACUCCGUUCCAGCAGAUACGGGCUGGACAGCAGAUGGCCACAGGACAGCAAAAGACAGGCUUGCAGCAGCUCCCGGUUACUUCGCAGUCACCUCUACCUCAAACACCACAGAACGACAGCCAGCUCCACCUACAGAUGCAGUCUCCCCACCAGAUGCAGUCUCCCCAUCAGAUGCAAUCACCACACCAGUCACGUCCACCCUCUCAGCCGCAGCCUUUGUCACGACCUCCCUCCCGUCCUCAGUCACGCCCGUCCUCUCAGCCCCAGGUGCUGUCCAGGCCACCGUCGGAGCCUCUUUCCCGCUCUUGCACGCCGUCCCAGCUGCCCCUCCAGCCCCUGUAUGUGAUUCAGACACAAGUCCAGUCCUCCCCGCACAGCACACCCCAGGGGCAGCACCCGAUGAGGCCUCCGUCACAGCCACACGUACAGGUUCAGUUCCAGAACCCCCCUCAGCCUGAGCCCCAGCCCCAGCCGCAGUCUCAGGCCCAGCUGACGUCUCCCACCCAGAUACACCUCCAGGUCCAGCCCACCCCUCAGGUCCAGAGCCAGGCCGAGGUGCAGACCCCAUCCCACCUCUUGCACCUGUCGACAGCACCGUCCCAAGCCCCAGCCGAGCAUCAUCCGACUCAGUCUCAGUCGCAACAUGUCCAGCUGCAGCUGCACUGCCAGUCCCAAGCGCAGGCCCCUCUACAGCCUGUCUACCAGACGCUGCACCUCACAGCCGAGCAGCAGCACCGGUUCCAGAUGGUUACGAGCCAACUUCAAUCCAUGUCUUCGAUUCCCAACCCCACCGACCAACAUAAAAGCAUCAUGGAGAAGCUACAGCAGAUGCAGCAUAACAUAAUUCUACAGGCCAAGCAGUCUGCAGCGAACCAGACUGUGGCUGGGUUUGGCCCCUUGAGCAGCCAGGCACCCACCAUGUUGAUCAGUAGCCAGGUGCAGUCUCCCAGUGUACCAGCUCAUGUACACACCAGCUCAGCCAGCAUGAAGUCCCAGUCUCAUGGGGGCGGUCAAGCAGCUUUAGCAACACUGCUUCAACAGACAUCUGUCCUUGUGAAGACGACCUCAGCAGGUACCACAAGCACAACAAGGUCUCCAGACAGCAAAAUCAUCUCAGGGGGAGUCCCUGGAAGUACGUGCCAUAUCCAGCAGGGAACAGCGGUCCCUAUACAGAUGAAACCUCUCGCACAGCACCAGAUUCAGCCAGCCCUGCCGACUAAACCUGGAGUAAUCAGUUCAAUUUCUGGUCUGAAUAUGAACUUGACCAAAGGACCAAUCCAAAUCCAGCUCCUUGGUAAAGGGCUAACACAGUUAAUGCCAGCGACCUCUGUCCCAGCGCAUCAGAUGGAUAAUAAAUUGGGAGGAUCGAAGGUGCCAGUAUCCCUGAAACCAACAAAGGAAGCAGUGAUAUUGGACAGUCUUGAUAAGCAUCGGAAUGCCGUGCUCCAGCCAGACUAUAAGUCACGUUUCCGAUCGUAUGAGGACAUGGUCCACCGGCUGCUGCCAUAUCACCUUUAUCAGGGGACAUUACCAUCUGACGAAGAGCACCGGAAAGUGGAUGAAGAAUUUGAGGCUGUGUCGACACAGUUAUUAAAACGUACCCAGGCUAUGCUGAGCAAAUACCGAAUGCUGCUGUUCGAGGAGGCCAGGAGAUUGAGUCCAUCAGCUGAGAUGGUGAUGAUUGACAGGAUGUUUAUCCAGGAAGAGAAAACCUCCCUCACCACCGACAAGCAGCUGGCAAAAGAGAAGCCUGAUGAAUAUGUGGCAUCUUCCUCCAGAUCCCAUGGCCUGGCUACCUCUUCUCCAUCCCCCUCCUGCAACGCUUCGACUGCUUCACUGGAAACCCCUCGGGCUCCCCCGACUCCAACAACCACACCGAUCCAGCCAACAAAGUUGGUCAUCAAGCACUCUGGAGCCUCGCCUUCUGUCUCGUGGGCCAGGGACGGCGAUGACGAGACGCUCCACACCCGCAGUCGGCCACCUCCAAUGAAGACCUACGAGGCUCGGAGCAGGAUUGGCCUGAAGCUUAAGAUCAAGCAGGAGGCAGGGCUAAGCAAAGUCGUUCACAACACUGCCCUCGACCCGGUCCAUCAGUCGGUCACCACCAGCUCCGUCAUCAAGAGCACCGAAUGUUUGGUGGUGACCAGCCAGAUGAACGGGACUCUUGAACACAGGACCCCGUCUCCUGCUGAGAACAAGCUGCCCCGCAGCGCCAACUAUUGCAAGCUGCCACUGCGCAAGGCCUAUCGGGAGAAUGCGCAGUCGGCUGAUCGAACUGCUGUGCCCCCAUCUCAGGGUGGGACUGUCAGGGUGGAGGACAGCCAGAAAGAAACGGCGUCAAAGUGUGAGGAAUCCUCCCAAAGUGUCAUAGCCACUUGCAAAUCUGCGGAGAGUCCCAAGGUGAGAACUGCGAGAGGCAGAGCUGAGGAGAGCACAGUGGUCUCGAGCUUCAGUAGGAAGGCUCGAACGCACACUCGCCACCUGCCUCCCAAAUCGGAGGAGCCUCCCGGAGGAAGAGCUGAGGAUCGCACCGGGGGGCUCAUGAAGGAGCUGUCGGACGUUGAGGAUGAGUUAAUCAUCAAAGCGGACCCUCCGGACGGGCCCUGGGAACUGGCACUCCCACCUGCCAAGCGGAGCAAGUCCGAGUCAUUCGACAUGGACAAUGCCAGUUUCUCCAGCGACAGCCCUCAGGAUGACACACUGAAUGAGCAUUUGCAGAGUGCGAUUGACAGCAUCCUGAACUUGAGGCAACCGCAGUCCGUGUCAGUCACUCAAAACCCAGUGUCGUCUCCAUACAAUUCUUCAGAAAUGAACUCUUCCCCCUUUUCCCCUACUCCCCACUCGGACAGCUAUCUUGCACCCAAUCACAAUGGAGGCCUUGGAGCUAGAACUUACACUAGAUGACUCAGUCUGUUCAACUCGUAUUUUUCCCAAUGUUGGUACGAUGGCUGUGCUGUAGAACUGCAACACAGCACAUUAAAGAGAGAGUAUCCCUUUAUGUGAAUCUACCGUUGUGGUAUUUUGUAAGCAUUGCAUCCAAAACAGGAAAAAAGAUCUUUCUCAAUGCAUUCUUGAGGCUUUUAACAUUAGUUAAAGAUGCAGUGAUAACUGUCCUGUGUAACCUGUGAUGAGAUGGCCGACUCUCUCACUGGAGCUUUACCUGUUAGUAUAGCGGGUUGCUUGGAAGGGCCACAGGCCAGGAGAAGGCACAACACAGUUUGCCUUUUGGGAGCCCUGUCGUCUUGCUUGAAUUCAGGGCUCAAGGGUGCAGCAACUUAAAGGUGUGAAACGAAGAGUUGAUUUGUGAUAAAUUCAAAGGCUAACUAGGUGAUUGACCAAUGUACCUUAACCAAAAAGAAAACAAAUCCACGUACAUAUGGUUUUCUCAGUCUUCCUCGGAGUGUGCACAAUCCGUCCUGAUUGUGGGAACAUUCAUCAACCCAUAAUGGCGUCAAAAGUGCCAGUACUUGUGUGAAGUGGUUUCUCCUCCUUCCUCUGGGACCUUUCUUUGUUUUUCCCCUGUCCUCCACCCUGGGAGACGGAAUUAACUUUCCGGUUUCCUCCCCAUCCUCCAAGUGUCAUGUUGGCCCUUCUAAUCAGCUGAAGGUCAGAAAUGUGAUAACUCUUAGUCCCUGUGAAUGGGGGCCUGUGUAGCAUGGAUCAUCCUGCUACCAUGUUUGGGCCAUAAACCAAGAUGCUGUGUCCCCUCUACAGAAGCUGAGCUGUAAUCUCUCAUUUAUAUGUAGCAUCAUUCCCUUUAACCCCAGCCUUACUUAAAUUCUCAAUUCUUUCUUAAAUGCACCUAACCACCUCCUCAGCCACAAAAAAUAAUUACAGGCCUUGGCAGAAGGAUGGUUCGGUGAUAAAACUCUUGAAUGGUCCUGGACCAACCUGCCUGUUACUUUUCUAGAGUAUUUUGAGGGCGUGGCCCCGUUCCCUUUUUGUUUUAGCCUGGCUGUUCUGGGCACGUGCUUUAACUGAACUGACUUGUACAUGGCCUGUAGAGGGACGGUUCAGUCACUAUUGUAGCUGCACAACUGUGAACGUAAGGGGCUCUUGCUUUCAGAGUUUUCCCAUCUCUCUCUCUCUCUCUCUCUCUCUCUCUCUCUCUCUCUCGCUCUCUCUCUCUCUCUCACCUUCAGCUUUACGUCACCUGAAGCUUCCGACGUGUGUAUCCCGAGAUUUUAUUGGGACAGCUCAGUUCCUCCUCCCUGAUCCACUCCAUUCCACUUCCUGCCAUGCUCAUCCUCUGUUUCAUGCCUGACACUCCUGCUAUUGGUCAGUCGAAACAUUCAUCGUUCCGCGUUCACUGCCUUUUCUGGAACGUUUCAUGGCCUAUUAAAAUGUCUUUUUUUUAGUUGUUGUUUCAGUUUUCCGCUUGGGUUAUUCUCAUCAAUGUCCUGCAGAUAAGCCUUCAAUUGCUAUAGACUCCUGGAAAUUUUAAAUCUCAUUCCUGUUUUGGUUUGGAAACUGAAGUGGAAUCGGGUUGGCCACCAAAGGCCUUCUUGAGGGAGCAGCCCGUUUGGAAGUUUUGAAGUUACCACUGCUUUUGGAGCAAGGUGUAGAUGUAGCUCAGUGUCUCAUACACAGAGCAAGCUUUGUUAAUUAACAGUUGAUACACCUAAGAGGGGCCCAACUAUUUAUGCUGGCCUGAAUGCAAAUUCUGUCAACUUGCAUAGCCUCUCGCAGAGAGGGAAAUGAGGGAAGCUCGCGGAAGCCAGGUGCAAGUUAAUCAAAAGACUUUUCGGCAAUGUUCGUAAUAUGAAUUUCGAUUGUGUAGUUUAUCACAAAUUAAGCAGAAAUGACGAGUAUGUGGGUUUAUCUGGUUUCGGAAUUGAGAUUGGUCAGCUUAUGUCAAAACAGUGUCAGCUUCAGGAAUACAGCCAGACUGGGGCUUGGAGAAAUUCCAGGAUCUGGGCCUCUGCUGUUCCCAGUUGGACCUGUUUUCCUAUCUUGAGUUAUUGUGCAGCUGUAGAAAAGGUCUGAUAGAGGAGGGAUGUAUCCCUGUUUUUAUUUAUAAUCUGGAGUAAGAUGGGACAGGGUCCUGUGUGGGAGAGAGUGAGUGUAACAGGAGUAUGGCAUUGGCUGUUUCAGGGGAGAUGUUAAUAAAUAUCUAUUCUCUUUCUGCAGGCUCUGAAUUACAUUUCAUCCAAGAAGAAAAGGUUUUUUUAUUCAUUCUGGGAUUAUGAAUUUUGUCAGUGGAGGAGCUUGCUGUCCAUCUUUAAUUUCCCUUGAGAAUUGCAUGGUGUAGAGAGACAUAAUGAGUAAAAGUUGUUCUGCACUGAACUUUCCUUUGUCAGUUAUCCUACAAUGGAGUAAUCUUGAUGCUAUGAUUUUUGUGUGAAUACAACAGGAUUUAUGUAAGCGUGCAGAAUUCUGUUGCCUGUUGCUUGAGCAAGUGCUGCUGGAGCAACAGAAUUAGACAGUGUGCCUGCCCAUGAGAGAUUAGAACAGCCAGCAGCAAGUUAAACCCUGCCCGUUCACCAAUACAAUAAAGUACUUUUAAUCAAAAAAAAAUUGUCUUCUGAGGCCCCAAUCUCUCUCAUCAGACUGUGCAAGUUAACUUGACAUCUUCCUGCCUUUUGAUACCAUCAACCCAUGAAGGUUCCCUAAAAUUCUGUGAUCAACCUCACGUAUGUGACAUUUCAGUUGUUUAUUUACAUGUCCUGUUCGGAGCAGACAUUUGCUUUACAGGAUGAAAUGCUGCCUGUUCCAGCAGGGGGACUAGUGCACAGGGAAUUCCUUGUUCUCCACCAAUUACACAGUUGUUAUUACCUGUAAAUUAAUUUGAGAUCUGUUGAUUAAGAGAUUAGCAAAUCCCUGAAUUAUUGAUCGCUUUCAAAGGUGUUUGCGCAAGUGCAUUGCAAUAUUACAGUGUAACUUUCAGGAAAGGAAGGGCUGGCUGCCUUUGUUGCAGAAUUGUGCCUCUUUGUACAUGUAUCUUUCCAUCUGUACUUCUCUCUCUCUCUCUCUCUCUCUCUCUCUCUCUCUCUCUCUCUCUCUCUCUGCCUUCCAUGACAUUAUACCAUCUCCACCACAUUUCCACACCCCACACCCAGCUCAAAGCUUCUGUCUGCAGAUUUUGACUCUCUCUCCUUUUAUUUUGUUAAGUAUGCCCUGAUGUAGGGACGUUAAACUGUUAAAAGCAGUAACGGGGGUUGCCUGAUUAGCUCCUCAAAUACAGUAAUUAAUUUGCCCCCGACUCCACAAGUAGUCAGCUCGCAUCAUGCUUCUCUUAAAAGCAAGAAAUUGAAGUGAAGAAUUUUGAGCGUUAAUGAUUAUUUAAAGGCUUAUUUCAGAUGAACUAUUAGUUUUUAAAACAAACCUGCCUGGGAGUAGGCUGUGGAGUUCAGUUAGGAUAAUUGUAAAUGUUUGAUUUGGUUAUUCUCCUUUCAGUAUUCUCUUUGAAACCAUUUUCAUUGGGGUGUGGGUGGGGAGAAGUAUUUCAGUAUCAAGUGAUUGGAAAUCCUUGCUGUGAAAACCCAUUUCUUGAAAGAACUGUUGUGAAUGUUAAUUUUCUUUGCACUUUUUUUUGGUUUCGUUAUUUUGAUUAGUGCCAAGUGUGUCCACUUUCUUCCACCACCACCACCUCCCCCAACCCCACCCCCCCCCUCCCCCCAAGUAAACUCUCCAAAUUAUGUAAAAGCAAAAUACUGUGGAUGCUGAAAAUCUGAAAUAAAAACGGUGCUGGAAAAAGCACUGAGUCUCUCCAGCACUUUGUUUUAAUCUCCAAAAUUUAUGUUCCACUUUUCUGUUAGAAUAAUAUGAAAUGUUGUCUUUUGGAAACUUUGAGUGUCUAUGAUUUCAGACAGACCCAAUUUCCAGUGACAAUGAUAUCAGUGUUAUUUGUAAAUCUCAUUAUGGAACCUUGAUCUCUCUCAAACAAUGGUGAUAUCCUUUUUUUUUGCUGUGUUGUUGGAGUGGUCUUUUUGCAAAACUUGGACAAGUGUAACAGGCUGUUUGACUGCAGGAUGCUUCACAUGAACCUGGUUCUGUCCUUGUGUGGUGUCCAGUUUUGCCCCCCUAAUCAGUGGGAUAAAAUGGAGCUGGGAUCCUGCAGGAUUUUCCCCUUAUUUUAAAAAGAUUUAACGUAAGUCUGUGUCGAUGAGACGUAGAUUAUAACAAUUAAAUCUCAAGUUGUAGUUUGUAUUUUUUUUGCAGGCUGUGCGUUAUCCCAGGGGCUGGGGCAGUAAGGGUUAAUGUCAGUCAGAAUGGAGUUAGCUAAUUUUGGUGGGGCUUCAGCUAGUGUGGUUGGGUGGGGAGAGCUGAGAGGUGAGGGUGCAUGGUGUGUUACAUGAGUGAGACAAUCGUGCACUGCGGGGUUGUCUUUGCUGAAUAAAUUCAACAUUUUAUUUACUGGCCAUUAGUAUCAGCUAAACUUAUAAACAUUCCUUGCUCUGAGGAUGUUUAAUAUCAUGGACUGGGCCCAGAUUGAUGGAGAAUUAGUGUAGAUGCUGCUUUCUAAACUUCUUAUCAAUUAGGAUUACAGUUGCAAAUCUUCACCAGUACCGCAACACCCAGAGCCCUCCCUACUGUCCUCUUCCACAGGCUGCUGAUAACUCCUAGUCCUCAGGACAUCAUGUGGCCCUUUAUUGAGUUGGAUUAGUGAAUAAAUAUUUAGGCAGAUUUACAAUAAAAUGUAGAAUGCUUUCCGCUUUAAACACCAAUCUGUCUGAAAAUUCAACAGUGGACUGAAUGCUGUGCCUAUUCUAAUCUUACUAUUUUUUAAAAAUAGUUUUCUUUCCUUCCAUUUCCCUGUUUCGUGUUGUUGUUCUGUUAAACUCUCUUCCCAUCCGUCCAGUUUUCUUCUCAUCCUUCCCUGUAUCUCUUCGUCCUUUUUCAUUUGCACCUUCAUGCGUUUACAUUCUUCCACACUGUGUGUGCCAUUUGUGGAAAAUAAUGUGCCAAUUACUAUCAGAGUUCAUUAAUUUUUAAAUCUUAAGUUUGUUGCCUUAAUCAGUUUGGGCAGGAGACUGCAGAGUUAUUCUGUACUUAACCCUGUUCCUGUCUGGGGAGUGUUUAGGGACAGUGUAGAGGGAUCCCAACUCUGUAUCUAACCCCCUGCUGUCCCUGUCCUGGGAGUGUUUAAUGGGGACAAUGUAAAUGGAAUUAUUUUUGUCUGAAGGAACUGGAAACUGGUUCUUUGUGAGCAUGGUGGUGGUAGCUUGGAGAGGUCUUCACUGACCUCUUUAAUUUGCAUAUGGCUUGUGGAGAAAUUGCUAAUGGAGCCAUUGAUUAUUUGUUUUAACUAUUAGAUGAGUGUAACAGUUGCAUCUGUGUUUUGAAAGCACAUGGUUCACCCUCCCUGUGUAUGGAGCUCCCAUGCUAAUAGCCUGAGAACUUUGCUGAAUUGUAUCAAUUGUUGAUCUUUGAUUUGAGGUACAGGGGGUCCUAUUGUACCAAUGUCCAACUUAGGAAUGUGAUCCCAUACGAGGGUGUACUCUUAGAUAUCUGACCUAAUGACCAUUUCCUGUACUUACGAACAGCUGUUUUAUACUGUCCUACAUCAUGUUCUGAUUUCAAACAACUUCAGGAAUGGAACUUGUUCGCACCUGGCCAUGCUGGGACUGACCAGGGUUCGGUCUGUUCACUGAUCAGUGACCCCGUUCUCUCUCUCUUUUUAAUUCAAACACGAGCCACUUUUGACUGAAAAUCCUGUUCUGGAAAACAUUCAGAAAUAAGCCUCUCUAUUGCUGCUCCUCUCUUUCCAAGAAAGAUCGAGUCAGUUGUCCUUCCAACAGACUUGUGCACCCAUAAAAACUCUAUUCCAUCCUAAUUUAAAGUUUUGGUUGACCUUCUCCACCUCCUGAACCACUUCUUGACAGGAACACACACUCUCUGGACUGAGGGAUUCCUGAUUUCACUCUGAAACUUGCCUUUCCAGAGUUUUGAACCCGUUAUAUUUUUUGUUGCAGUUUACUUUGAUUUUUGUAAACUCGACAGUGUUUACUGUUCAUUUGUGGCUGAAGGGCAUCUUGUCUUGGCUUCUUUCCAGAGACGUGAGAAAAGGAAACCACAGAUCGAGUUUCAGGCUUUGUCCGCAGGAACUGUGAUCAGGAUGCAGUCCUUCCUGAGUGCCCCAAAAACGGUUUGCCUCUGGAUUUAACCAGAGACUUCUGUUCUCCCAGUCGAGGUGUAGGGUGUUAGUGAGAUCCAGAGAGUUUUGUGCCAUUCCAUGUUGGUACCACUAUGAUUGUAAACUAGGCGAAUCUUGGGGGUGAUAAUUGCCUGUCAGGAAUUAACAUUAAUUUCGAGUGUGUGUCUUUUGUUAUUGGGGUGAGCAUUUAAGCAGCCACUUCAGUGCUCUCGUUUCGCCUGUGUACUAACUAGAACCCUCUGAGUCGGCAGCUUCCGUGUAUACACACGAGUCCAAGUGUUUAAAGGGAUACUGUCUCUUUUCAGCUGAUAUUAAUUCUACCUUGAAACAAAAAAGUAAAAUCUCUCGAGCCCCCCCCCCACCCCCCCCAACACACACACACACACACACACACACACACACACACACACACACACACACACACACCUCGCCUUUCUAUCUGUGUUUCAUACCCUAACAUUCCUGAAGGGGGGGGGGGGAAUGUCACAGAAUACAGUGUAUCGCCCUUGCAGUGU